AUGGUUAAUAUCACCCCCUCUUCAAGGAGUCUGGUUAAGAAAUAUUGCCCCAAGCGCUCCAAAGAUGAGGAGCCCAGGUUCACAUCCUGUCUGUCAUUCUACUCCAUACUGAAUGAGUUGAAUGACUACUCAGGUCAGCGAGAGGUCGUUGCUGAGGAGAUGGGGCACAAAGUCUAUGGGGAGCUGAUGAGGUACUCACAGGACCUGAAGGCAGAGAGGAAACAUCAUCUCCAGGAGGGACGAAAGACCCAACAGUAUCUAGACCAGUGCUGGAAACACAUGGACAAUAGUAAAAAGAAGUUUGAACGGGAAUGCAAAGAGGCCGAGAAAUCACAGCUCAUCUACGAAAGGCUAGACAGCGAUAUCAACGCCACGAAGUCAGAGGUGGAAAAGGCAAAGUCCCAGCUGUAUCUGAGACAACACAUGGCAGAGGAGAGCAAGAACGAGUAUGCAGCCCAGUUGCAAAACUUUAACUCUGAACAGUGGAAACAUUUCAACGUGGCCAUCCCUCAAAUAUUCAAGAAUCUGCAAGACAUGGAUGAACGGCGGACGGUCAAGCUUGGGGAGAUGUACCGGAGUUUUGCUGAGGUGGAACGAAGAGUCAUUCCCAUUAUCUCAAAAUGCUUGGAGGGCAUGGUGACUGCCGCUAAAAAUGUGGACGAGCGUAGGAUGAGUUUUGCAUGUUCAUUUGUUUGUGUUUGGUUAGUAGUUCACCGUAAAUCUUUGUUGUCCCAGAUUCCCCCGUCCAUCCCUCCCCCUUCUCUCCCGAGUUUUCCCUCUGGCCAUUUCCACCCUCCUAAAUUUUCUACAGAGCGGAUAGCUAACCAUCUAUCUGAAAUGAGAAAUGCAAAAUCUAAGAUCCCAUCCUUCCGAACUGUGAAAAGAGGGGCCCCAACACUAGAGGAUCUCAGCCACCUUCCCCCUGAACAGAGACGCAAAAAACUUCAACAGAGGAUCGAUGAGCUGAAUAAAGAACUGCAGAAAGAAAUGGACCAAAGAGAUGCUCUUAACAAAAUGAAGGAUGUCUAUGAAAAGAAUCCUCAGAUGGGAGAUCCUGGAAGUCUCCAGCCCAAGAUUUCAGAGACCAUAUGCAACAUGGAGAAACUCCGCUCUGAGAUCCAUAAAAAUGAGAGUUGGCUAGCAGAGGUUGAAGGAAAGCACGGAUCCCGCAGUGAGCGACGGUCCAGUGCAGAUGUGAACCACCACGCACCCCACGGCAGAGAGAGCCCUGAAGGCAGUUACACAGAUGAUCACAGUCAGGAGCAUCGGUCUCCACCGCAGCCAGACCCACAUGAAUUUGAUGAUGAGUUUGACGAUGACGAUCCUCUCCCUGCCAUCGGCCACUGCAAAGCUCUCUACUCUUUUGAUGGCUCUAAUGAAGGCACAUUGGUAAUGAAGGAGAACGAGGUGCUGUAUGUCAUAGAGGAAGAUAAAGGUGACGGAUGGACACGGGUUCGGAAACAAGGGGGAGAGGAGGGCUACAUCCCCACAUCCUACGUGGAGAUCACACUGGAGAAAAACAGCAAAGGUGCGGUCACCUACAUAUGACAUCACCCACGGCAGCACCACCUAGUCAUGACAUCACACAUGGGGGAGCGUGUGUCAGAUUUACCGUGACUCAUCAAGUGCAGCUCGGCUGACUGCCAUAUGCCUUUGUUCACCAUGUGAGCCCAAGGACAAACACACACUGACACACUCUAAAAGUGACUAUUUCCUCUGCACUGCUGCAGCAGAUCAAUCUAUAGAAUUGUAGAGAUUUGUAUUGUUUUUAAUCAGUUUUAUACCAUCGGAGCAAACCUGAACAAAAUGUAUCAGCUCCUUUUCAAAUAUCUGUUUGUCUUAGAGAGUAUAAUAAUGAGAAACACGGUCACACUUCAAUCAUCAGCUCUUAUGUUUUAUGCAUGUUGAAACUAAAGUACACUCUUCCUGGAGCAUCUCCUCAAUGUUUCUACAGUUCAAUCACUGUACGAGGAGACAGUGAUGUACUUCUGACCUUUCAGUUCAUGCAGUUCUUCCUGCAGUUUCAUUUCAACUUUUCCUGCGAGUGCUACUCUUCUGUUUAAACUUGUAGUGGUGCAAGUUCCUUUUACUUGUGUGACCUGAAAUUAAAGGAAUAUAAUAAAUGCAAUCCAAGAAAAUUGCAGAGCAGCAUUC